AUGCCUUCAAUGGGAUUAGAGAUUUUUGGAGUGGCCCUGGCUUUCCUUGGAUGGAUCUUUGCCAUUGCGUCUUGCGUUUUGCCCAUGUGGAAAGUAACAGCUUUUAUUCAAAGUAAUAUCAUCACUACUGAGACGAGCUGGGAGGGCAUCUGGAUGGAUUGCCGAAUCCAGAGCACGGGUUCCAUGGCGUGUAAAAUUCAUUACUCCAUGUUUGAUCUAAGUCCCGAUCUUCAGGCCGCACGUGCCCUUACUAUCCUUUCUAUUCUUUUGGGAAUUGUGGGACUUUUUGCAGCAUUUGUGGGCGCAAAGUGUACCAACUGUGUGGAUGAAAAGGCAACCAAGGCUCAAGUGAUGAUUGCUGCUGGUGUGAACUUUAUCCUGGCAUCUCUGAGCCAGAUGAUACCCGUGUCAUGGUUUGCCUAUAAUAUCAUGAUGGACUUCCACAAUUCAACGGGACCGAGGGAGAAGAAAGACUUCGGUGCAGCUUUGUACCUGGGCUGGGCAGCAGCUGCUUUUCUUCUUAUAGGAGGGACCAUCCUCUUGUGCAGCCGGCCCCAGAAGCCUCAGAAAAAGUAUGGGCCUCCAUCAACGGUAUACGCUCAACCUAAGUCCGUCAUCCCCAGUGACUAUGACAGGAAAGACUACGUCUGA